CCCGCUUCCUCCUGCGAAAACGUAGCUGCGGGUGGCUGUGGUGGCGGCGUCCAAGAUGUCGACUAAGAAUUUCCGAGUCAGUGACGGCGACUGGAUUUGCCCUGACAAAAAAUGUGGAAAUGUAAACUUUGCUAGAAGAACCAGCUGUAAUAGAUGUGGUCGGGAGAAAACAACUGAGGCUAAGAUGAUGAAAGCUGGGGGUACUGAAAUAGGAAAGACACUUGCAGAAAAGAGCCGAGGCCUUUUUAGUGCUAAUGACUGGCAGUGCAAAACGUGCAGUAAUGUGAAUUGGGCCAGAAGAUCAGAGUGUAACAUGUGUAAUACUCCAAAGUAUGCGAAGUUAGAAGAAAGAACAGGUUAUGGUGGUGGUUUUAAUGAAAGAGAAAAUGUUGAAUAUAUAGAAAGAGAAGAAUCUGAUGGUGAAUAUGAUGAGUUUGGACGCAAAAAGAAAAAAUACAGGGGGAAGGCAGUUGGUCCUGCAUCUAUUUUAAAGGAAGUUGAAGAUAAGGAAUCUGAGGGAGAAGAAGAGGAUGAGGAUGAAGAUCUUUCUAAAUAUAAAUUAGAUGAGGAUGAGGAUGAAGAUGAUGCUGAUCUCUCAAAAUACAAUCUUGAUGCCAGUGAAGAAGAAGAUAGUAAUAAAAAGAAAUCUAACAGACGAAGUCGCUCAAAGUCUCGAUCUUCACAUUCACGAUCUUCAUCACGCUCAUCCUCCCCCUCAAGUUCAAGGUCUAGGUCCAGGUCCCGUUCAAGAAGUUCUUCCAGUUCGCAGUCAAGAUCUCGUUCCAGUUCCAGAGAACGUUCGAGAUCUCGUGGGUCGAAAUCAAGAUCCAGCUCCAGGUCCCACAGGGGCUCUUCUUCCCCACGAAAAAGAUCUUAUUCAAGUUCAUCAUCUUCUCCUGAGAGGAACAGAAAGAGAAGUCGUUCUAGAUCUUCUUCAUCUGGUGAUCGCAAAAAAAGACGAACAAGAUCACGGUCACCCGAAAGGCACCACAGGUCAUCUUCUGGAUCAUCCCAUUCUGGUUCCCGUUCAAGUUCAAAAAAGAAAUAAUGUAUUAAAAUUUACAUCUUAAAAAAAAAAAGCAGUACAGUGCAUGAAGCAUAUUUUUUAAGGAGUUGGUGUCUUACUUGGUCAGAAGUGCUAAAACUGCUAGUAGAGGUGCAUGCCUUUCAUUGCUUUUCACAACAAUACAGCUGUGUUUAUUUGUGAAAUUAAAAGUAAAUAGUAUUUUAAGCCAUAAUGUCCUAAAACACUCUAUCAUUCAUUAUUUACAUCUAUUUGCUUCAAUUAAGACCAUUUCAGCUGUGACAAACUACUUUGUUUUUAAUUUGAACUCUUGUUUUUUCAUUUCCAAAUUUGAACUAUUGACUGAAGACAGGAUAACCUAAGCUUGCCUGAACUUUGGGCAUGGAGGCAAGACUGGUAAAUUGGUUGGAAACAAUCUGUUUAUGUUAAUUGGGAAAAGGAGUCAACCUGUUCGUGUUAAUCUAUGUCAAAAGGAUUCCUGUCACAAAAGUGAAACUAGUUAAAAACAGCCAACUGGAAACUUCUUCAUUUUGAAAUUCCCUAUGCUGAGGGUGCCUUAGAAUCUCUGUCUCUCUUUUAUCCAGUUUUACUUUUUGUACCACCACAUUUAAUGAAUAGAAAAUCUCGUGAACUGCAGAAGGAAAAGGGUGUUAUUCAUUUCUCUUUUCCUGACAAUAAUUUUGAGCAAAAAUGUCAAACAAGUUCCUCUCCUUAUUGAUACUCUUGAUGAGAAAAACAUGUUUCAAAAUGUUUUUGUCUUAAUAUUUUAAGAAGCUUUAUGUGAUAUCUUCUAAAAACCCAGUUAUCACAUAUGGUAGUACAAAGUUGAGUCGUAGUUAAUGAGGAUCAAAUGGAAGUAUAUUUCUUUGGGUGAAAGACCAGCAGAGAGAUUGUGAAUUGUGAAUUUAUAUGAACAUUUAUUUACCUUGAGAUGUUCAAACACUGCAUAAAAUUUUCUUCUGAGUAACAAAUGAAUGCUUAUUUCUGUGUGACAUGCAGAAAUACUAUUGUUCCUUGAAACUACUUAUGGCUUAAAAUACUUAAAGAGUUUGUUUUAUUUCUCAAAUUAAAAUCUGGUCAUUCGAGCUCCAUUUUGUCCUCUGGUUUAAAAAUAAAAAGAUUUCUCUUAACAGUAUCUUCAGUGACAAUGCAAGGUAAGUAUAUUAAGGGAAAUCAAUGAUUGUGCUGGGGACUUUUUGUCAUGGGGAUCAGUACCUGCUUUUUCGUUUUGUUUUUUCCUUAAUUUUAAAUUAUUGUCUACUGCAAUUAAAAACUUCAAAGUUUUAAGUUUAUCUAGUAGACAGACCAAACAAAAUUGUUUUUUUCCUUUAAAAUGAGCGAUUUUUCUCUUCAAUUGACUUAAAGAUGAAAGCAAAAUAUCUUAUGUAGAAGUAUUUUGAUAAUAUUUUUACAAUGAAUUUCCCCUUUUUUUUAUGUCUUAAUUUUCUUUGCUACAUUUACUGUAGGUUGCACAAGAACUUUUACUCUCUUGUAAUUGUGCCUCAGACUUCUUGAAAGUCCACCCUCUAAAUUUGCCCAGAUGAUCUUCUAGAGUCUACAUGUUACCAUUCGUUUAUUCUCGUGCUUUCUGUAUUUGAAACUUUGGCUGUACUAAGCAAAUGCAAGGUUAUAAAUUUAGCUAAUAGUUUACAGACAAUUCAGAUGAUUAUGAUUUCAUUUGGUUUAACUAAGCUGUACUAGUUCAUUUCAUGAAGAAAUGAUGCUAUAGACAAAUGUAAAUAAAGCUGUGAGUCAAGCAUCAAGUGGCAUUUGUGAGAAAUAAAUUAGAAUUUUUAAGCUCUGA